CCUCUAUUUGCUGGAUCUCUCUCUAACACACAAAUAGGUUGGAAGGGGAAAAAAGCAGUGAGGUAAAAUGCAGUGAAAUCCAAACAGUGUUUUGCUUCUUGGGCAUUUCAAUUCAUAAUCUGAUUUGGGAACCAGAGAGACGGAGGAGGAGGGGGGGUAAGAGGAGCACCCAUUUCUUAACACACACCCCCUCCCCCUGAGCCAGGGGGGAAAAAGGCUUCACACACAUACACACAGAGGUAAAACAGCAUGCAAGGCUAGGCCGCAAGUCAUUAGUUCUUGGUGGGCAAGCACUGACAAAGGACUGAGGAAGAAGCCUGGAGAGCAUCCACAGGAAUUAGAGCUGAGCAAGAACCUGAUUUUUUUCCCCGUUUGUUUUUGUUUUAAUUUUUCUGUGUGAGGGAGGAAGUAGCCCGAGGAUCCUGUCAGAGCCGAGCCGACUCAGACAGCAGCCAAUACCAGUGGAAAGGCUGCACUUCCUUGUGUGCAUGAUCUGAUUGAGUGUUUUGGAUGCGAGUACGAGCCGCGGGCGGUCCGCGUCGCCUUCAUCUGCCGCCGCAGCAGCAUCUGCAAGUCGGCGUCGCCUCAACAAGAAGGGAGAAGAAGAAGACAGAAGCCCGCGAUCCGACGAAAAGUGGCGUUUUGCGUGUGUUUGAUGUCCUCACAAUGCUGCUUGUGCUUCAGAGUGGAUGGCUGCGGAACAUUAGAGCCGAGCUCUCGUUCUCACUGGUCGGAAGGAGGAUCUAACCCGAUUAACUAAUAAUAAAAAAAAAACACACACAAAAACGACUUUCUUCGUCUUCAGCUAGAAAAGCCAAAAGACAGCCGUUUGUAUUGAGGUUGUUGGUCUGCAGUGUGUCCCCCGUCGGACGGAACGACACAAAGACACCGAACCGGAGCAGGACAACAGAGGUGUUAAAAUCCAAAGGAAUGCCAAACUAAAAGUUGCCCCAGUGACUCCACACUGUUUCCAGGUCAUAGUGGAGUGGGCGGGGACUGAGCUACUCUCUUUUCUACAACCAAACGGCCUCAUUUUUACCACUGAAACAUUGGCAGCACUGCUUAUUUAGCCUGCAGACUUCCCCUCCUCCCCCAGUUCUGUUCAUAUUUAACUUGAAUUGGCUACUAAAUGAAGACGGAGGGUAGCUGAAGAGGUUAAACCAGUCCGGGUAGAAAGGGGAGAACACACACCACCGUCCGGACUCUGGGUUUUUAUGACCGCUUCCAGAAACCUCGGCUGCCUGGCCCCAUUUUCUUCCGCGCUGACUCCGUAACCAAGCGAUGGCCAUGGUGAGUGGGGGCUGGGGAGAUCCCAACGGGGGCACCAACGGGCUGGGGGACAAGGGCUACCUACGGGGGGAGGAGGAGGACGGGUCUCCGCAAGCGGGGGGCAGCGACAUGGAGGCCGGGGACGAGGACAAGGCCUGCGUGGUGGACUGCGUGGUGUGCGGGGACAAGUCCAGCGGAAAACACUACGGUGUGUUCACCUGCGAGGGCUGCAAGAGCUUCUUCAAGAGGAGCGUCAGGCGUAACCUCAGCUACACAUGCAGGUCCAACAGGGAGUGUCAGAUUGACCAGCACCACAGGAACCAGUGCCAGUACUGCCGUCUGAAGAAAUGUUUCCGUGUCGGCAUGAGAAAAGAAGUUCAACGCGGGCGGAUCCCACCUCAGCCGAGCCUCAGUCCCUCCAUCACACCCAUAGGUGGCGCCAGCGGCAUCGGUGGGAGUGAGUUCUACAACAACAAUGGGGGCGGCGGAGGGGGCCAGCCGGUGUCGGAGCUCAUAUCCCAGCUGCUCCGGGCAGAGCCGUACCCCAACAGCCGAUACGGACACCAGUACAACCAGCAGGCAGGUCCAGACAACGCCAUGGGCAUCGAUAACAUCUGUGAGCUGGCCGCUCGGCUGCUCUUCAGCACUGUGGAGUGGGCCAGGAACAUUCCCUACUUCCCUGAGCUGCCUGUGUCGGAUCAGGUGGCGCUGCUGAGGCUGAGCUGGAGCGAGCUUUUCAUCCUCAAUGCGGCUCAGUCGGCCCUGCCGCUGCACAUGGCGCCCCUGCUGGCGGCGGCCGGCUUCCACUCGUCGCCCAUGUCGGCUGAGCGCGUGGUGUCCUUCAUGGACCAGGUGAGGAUGUUCCAGGACCAGGUGGAGAAGCUGAUGAGGCUGCAGGUGGACUCGGCCGAGUACAGCUGCCUCAAGGCCAUCGCUCUCUUCUCACCAGACGCCUGCGGUCUGACCGACCCGGUCCACGUGGAGUCACUGCAGGAGAAGGCCCAGGUGGCGCUGACGGAGUACGAGCGCAUGCAGUACCCGUCGCAGCCGCAGCGCUUCGGCCGGCUGCUGCUGCGCCUGCCGGCGCUGCGUGCCGUCCCCGCCAGCCUCAUCUCCCAGCUCUUCUUCAUGCGCCUGGUGGGGAAGACCCCCAUCGAGACACUGAUCCGAGACAUGCAGCUCUCCGGAAGCUCCAUCAGCUGGCCGUAUGUCCCGGGGCAGUAGCUCCACCCCCUAGCCCACCCAGCCACCACCUCCUGACUCAUCACCGUCCUUCUGUAUGCUUGUGAGGCGCGGUGCCAGCUGGCCGUCCAUCCUCCCUUUCCCGUCUCGUUGCCAACCUGGUCUCUCCGGUGCCAGAAUGCAGCUCCGCACGCUGGGAUCCAAUAUGGCUGCCGCAGCCCACAUGUCAUAUCGACUAAACUCAGCCUCACGCAAGGAACAGCAGGGAACAGCAGCACCCUGCUACGGAUCCUCAUAGAGGACAAAACGGUUCUUUCCUCCAUGCUGCGCAUCAUGACUGGAACGGGUUUGUCUCAUGAAUUACGAGUUUUGUCUGCCAGGCUGAACAAGACGAAGGAAAAUCACCAAAGUUUCUGACAUCAUCCUCAGAUUGUCGUCAUGGUAAACGCAUCAGAGGAGUGGAUAAAGAAUACUAAACUACAAACGGCUCCAUUGGGAACAGACCGAUACCUCAUUAGACAUCAGAAUGCUUUAGUCGGAUAUUUCCUGUAGGAUUUGUUCACCAGAAACCGCCUUCUUUUUGACAACUGCCUUGCUAUCGAGGCCGAUGAACCUGGAGCUCCUUCUGGCUCAGGAGCUCUGUCUUGUAUCUUUUAAAAAAAAAUCCUGUCAUUUUCUGUUGUCUUUUAAAAAGAUUAGUUUUUAAAUGUCUCAGUACAGUUUACUCUGCUUCGUUUGGAUACAUUUUAUGAAUGAGAUGCAUAAGGCCGACGUGGAAUUUUGAAUUGACAAAGGAAAAUUAGAAGAUUGAUUUUUAGCAGUGAAGAAUCACUUUAUGUCCCUUUACAAAGCGCCUUGCUACAGUAUUCACACACAUUUGUGGAGUUGCAGCCCCGAACGGCCAUGUGUUUUUAUUGGAAGUUUCUAUGAUGUACAGACACAACGAAGCACAUCAAAUAAAAACUCCAGCUGCUGCUCUCCUGGGGAAUGAGGAAGAGCUUGGUUUAUGGCGGUUUUUUGCGUUUCAUGUGGCUCCGCCCACCUGACCGACCCGGAUCAGUUUUGGCUCUAGUGGCUUUUAUUAAACAGAAUUUUGUCAGGAAAGAGGUGGAGGAUGGAAGGGGAAGGCCUGUGGUAAAUGGUCAGAGAAUGGGAAUUGAACCUAGGACUUUCUGUGCUUCCCUUUAACAGUAUCUUUCUUCCUACUUUUCUGUCUUGUGGAGUCUACAACUAAUAUUUACCAGAGCUGCAACUAACCAUUAUUUUAGUAAUGAAUUAUUCUGACAAGUCCAUCCAUCCGGUGUAAAACUGCAUCAAAGUGUUGUACAAGAACGAUAAUAAAAUAAGUUGAUAAAAAGAAAAAUGACAAGAAAAGGAAAAAAACACAAGGUUAUUUUACACAAUAUUAGAAAUACACGAGAAGGUGCAAAUAAACAGACAAUUCAUUUUCUUAAAUAAGAAAAUAAACAUUUUAUUCCCUAAAAUGCAAUAACAGCAUUAUUUUAGUGAACACUUGAUAAUUUGUAUCAAAGAAAUAAUCUGCAACUAAAAAUCCUUCAACACGUGAAGAGAUCAGGCCUUUCUGCUGGACUCUGCUUGUUAACCAAUUAAUAAUUGGACAAGAUAUUUUUUUUAGAGAAUUUGAACCAGGUGAAGCUUAAACUCGAGGAGUUCUCUAGACACAGUUGCUUUUAUCUUACAUGCUAAAUGUCCAUAAUUUUUCAGACAUCAUGAGACCUCAAUCUCUACUGUAAACUUCUCCACACUUUCGUCCCUGAUCUACUGCCGGGGUCCUCUAGUCGCUAUGGUGAUGCUGGUCCUCUAAUGGUGCCAGAUUAAAUUCUGGUCAUUGGUUGCAAUGGAUUUUUAUUCAGGAGUAUCAAAGGGGCAGAAAAAGUGUUUGACACACUUUUCACUUUUAUUUUAAAAACAAUUAUGCCUUUCCUUGAACUUUACAAUUAUGCACUAACUUUCUAUUGAUCAUCACCAAUGGUUUGCUUUGUGGAAACGAAGGGGUGUGAAUACUUUUGCAAGGCGCUGUACUACACCUGGGGGCUGCAAUCUCUUGAAAAUGUAUUAAAAUAUGUAUAUAUCUAUAUAUAUUGACGCCAACUUUGUCUUUUUGCAUGUUCAGAUGAUAUUUUUGGUUCUCUGAUGUCGAGAUGUUUUUUUUUUUUUCAUCAUUUACACUAUUAAUCAAGUUUGAUUUCAACAUUAAAGUAUUCCUUUAACUCGUA